AUGGUUUUUGAGGGUCUUGCGGCUAAGAGAAAAACCUUGUAUUUUUACUCGUACAAAGUGGAAUUCGAUAGCACCUAUAUCGAGGAGCAUCGCCUCAAUCUGCGCAACACCUCUGUGGAUGUUAUUUUGAAUGUUGCCCAAGAUUAUCCAUUUGAUCCAUGGAUUGUGACAGCACUCUUUGUCAAGGAGCGUAAAAGCGCCAAUUUUCGUAAACUCAUCAAUUAUGAUGUGAAUGUUUGCAAUAUUUUGGGCAAGGAGGAUGCAAAUUUAAUAACUGUGUGGGUCCAGAAUUUCUUGAAAUUUGGCAGCUUACCCAAAAGUUGUCCCAUUAGAAAGGGCAAUUAUUCAUGGUAUAAAUUACGACCGGAAAAAGUUAACAUACCCGAUGUUUUCCCCUCAGCCGAGUAUAAAAUUCAGGUUGAUACAUAUUUUCGAAAUGGCAAGCGGCGACAAUCUAUAGAUAAUUUAACCAUUAUUUGUGAGCUAAAAUAA